ACCAACCUUCAAUAAUUUCAGUGCAUCUCUAAAAAAUAAAACCAGAAAGGAACUAACUCGUUGUUGUCAUACACACUACAUACUAAUUAAAAUGGCUGAUGAUCCUCAAGAUGUAGCUGAUAGGGAGCGCAUUUUCAAGCGUUUUGAUGCGAACGGUGACGGCCAGAUCUCCUCAUCGGAGCUUGGGGAAGCACUGAAAACACUUGGAUCCGUGACCGCUGAAGAGGUGCAGAGGAUGAUGGAUGAGAUUGAUAUUGAUGGGGAUGGGUUCAUUUCAUAUGAGGAGUUCACAUCGUUUGCCAGAGCCAACCGUGGUCUUGUAAAGGAUGUUGCCAAGAUUUUUUAACUCAUCACCCUAAACCGAUCGUUGCAAAUUGCAUGUUUGGAUCAAACCUAAUUUUCUUCAGAAUCAACCAUGGUAUCCAGAAGCUAUUUACAGAAGUUUCUGUCCAACGUUGAGUUUAACUUUAGAACCAAUUAUAAAAUGUUUUCCAAACAUGCCAUAAGUAGUUUCAUUCUUCCCUGUGUUUAUGUUGUCAGCAAUUGGAAUGGAAGAAUUGUUGUGUGCAUGAUUAAUUAUAUUUAUAUAUAUGAUGACAAUGAGAGGUUCAUUGCUUUUUGGAA